CUGCCAACUCUUCUAACACUUUAACCGAUGAUCUCAGUUCAGACUCACACUCACUCCUUCGAUUUCUCGUGGUCUCGUUCUCUCUCUCUCUCUGCGCCAAACAAGAAAUAAUCAUAAUGGCCAAGAAACCGCCACUCGUGCCGACGCAUCUCCUCAUCGGCCUCAUCAUCGCCGCCGUAGCUGUGGCGGGAGGCGGCUCCGGCGAAGGGGAGCUUGACUACAAGAAGCUAUCGGGCAUUAUAAUCCCAGGCUUCGCGUCCACUCAGCUUCGUGCGUGGUCCAUCCUCGACUGCCCUUUCUCUCCCCUCGAUUUCAACCCUCUCGAUUUGGUCUGGCUCGACACCACCAAACUUCUUUCUGCUGUCAAUUGCUGGCUUAAGUGCAUGUUGCUUGAUCCAUACAAUCAGACUGAUCACCCUGAUUGCAAGUCCCGCCCUGAUAGUGGUCUUUCCGGCAUUACAGAACUUGAUCCAGGUUAUAUUACAGGACCUCUUUCUUCGGUGUGGAAAGAGUGGAUCAAGUGGUGUAUUGAGUUUGGAAUAGAAGCUAAUGCAAUAAUGGCUGUUCCUUAUGAUUGGAGAUUGUCACCAUCAAUGCUUGAAGAGCGAGACCUUUACUUUCAUAAGCUCAAAUUGACAUUUGAAACUGCAUAUAAACUUCGUGGUGGCCCCUCAUUGGUUUUUGCCCAUUCAUUGGGUAAUCAUGUCUUUCGUUAUUUCUUGGAGUGGUUAAAACUAGAAAUUGCACCAAAGCACUAUAUCCAAUGGCUAGAUCAACAUAUUCAUGCCUAUUUUGCUGUUGGAGCUCCCCUUCUUGGUGCAACUGAAACUGUUGAAGCAACACUUUCAGGAUUCACAUUUGGUCUUCCUAUUUCAGAGGGAACAGCUCGAUUGAUGUUCAACUCCUUUUCUUCGUCAUUGUGGAUGAUGCCCUUUUCCAAGUACUGUAGAUCAAAUAGUAAUUAUUGGAAGCAUUUUUCUGGGGCAAGGCAUGUAGGUAACCACACCUAUCACUGUGAAGAUAAGGAAUUUCAGUCAAACUUCUCUGGAUGGCCAACAAAUUUAAUCAACAUUGAAAUUCCUUCAACUCGUGGAUUUGAUGCAUACCCUUCAAUCACAGAAAUACCUCAGUCUAAUUUGUCUAGCAUGGAAUGCGGAAUACCUACACAAUUAUCUUUUUCAGCUCGCGAAAUGUCAGAUGGAACCUUUUUCAAGGCAAUUGAAGAUUACGAUCCAGACAGCAAGAGGCUGUUGUACCAGUUAGAAAAAUCAUAUAUCAAUGAUCCUGUUCUUAAUCCUCUGACACCUUGGGACCGGCCACCAAUAAAAAAUGUCUUCUGCAUUUAUGGCACUGAUUCAAAGACUAAGGUUGGUUACUACUUUGCACCUAGUGGCAAGCCUUACCCUGAUAACUGGAUAAUUACGGAUAUCAUUUAUGAGUUUGAAGGUUCUCUAUACUCAAGGUCAGGGAAUCUGAUUGAAGGGAAUCCUGGAGCCACAAGUGGAGAUGAGACGGUACCAUACAACUCCCUUGCAUGGUGCAAGAGCUGGCUUGGACCAAAGGUGAACAUAACAAGAGCGCCUCAGUCUGAGCAUGAUGGUACAGAUGUACAAAUUGAGUUGAAUGUAGAACAUCACCAUGAUGAAGAUGUUGUUGCAAACAUGACAAGAUCACCAAAGGUUAAGUACAUAACAUAUUAUGAAGAUUCUGAGAGUCUUCCAGGAAAGAGGACAGCAGUUUGGGAACUUGAUAAAGCAAAUCACAGGAACAUUGUGAGAUCACCGGUGCUAAUGCGAGAGUUAUGGCUUGAGAUGUGGCAUGAUGUCCAUCCUGAUGCAAAAUCAAAAUUUGUCACAAAAGCUAAGCGAGGACCCUUGAGGGAUGAUGACUGUUACUGGGAUUACGGCAAAGCUCGCUGUGCCUGGGCAGAAUAUUGUGAAUAUAGGUAUGUCUUUGGUGAUGUUCACCUGGGACAAAGCUGUAGGUUGAAAUCUACUUCAACUAACCAGUUGUUGAAUUAUUUGUAAAUAAGAAGGUACUGGUGGGGCUAACCCCAGGCAAGUCAUCCGCCGCACGACAUGCUACACAUGAAUAUUAGAACAGAUCCUCCAUAACUGAUUUUUGGCCGUGUUUUCCUGCGGCUUGUAGCGCCACUGAAUGCCAGCAAAUUCUUUUUUCCCGUGUGUGGAACUUUUGACCCAUUCCUCAGCUCAUCUUUCAUCCACAUUCACCAUUUUCACAGUAUAUUUUGGCUCAGAUUACAG